AUGGCUGGCCGCAGCGUCGUGUGCGAUACGGAUGGGUCUGCGGGGGACGGAAGGCCGACUGAUCCGGCGAAGUCUGUUUCUAUUGGUGGUGACAACGAUAGACAUAAGGAUACGUUGAAGGAGAUACGGUGGCCGCAGAAGCUGGUGAACAUGUUGUCUAGAUGGAUGCCCAUUUUUGUGGUGGUCCUUAUUGCCUCUUGGAUGAUAUAUCAGCGCGAUGAGCCUAAUCGGCCUUUAGAUGACCUUGUUAACGACUCUACAGCUACUAAAGGCGAUAAGGUUAAAAAAGGCGUUACCGCUAGGAAAGGCAGUAAGAAUAGUAUCAUCUCUGGUAUGAUGCAUAGCAGCAGAAUGAUGGGACAUAUAAUCGAUGAUUUUGAUACCAUGCAGCGUUUCCUCAAUAGUAUCGAACCUGUCGAUAGUGUCAAACCUAUCAUGGAUCGUAUGAAGCGCGUCUACGAUGGUGCCGAGCCCAUCGAGGAGCGUAUGGAGCGCGUUAUCGGCCGUAUCGAGCGUAUCGAUAGUGCCGACCCUAUCAUGGAGCGCAUCGGGACUCUCAUCAUUGCUGUCGAGGCUAUCCGCGGCAAUGUGAAUCACAUCACCCAUCGCGUGUGGCAUAUCGUCGAUCGUAUUCGUAAGAUGAAAGACCGUAUCAUGCCUGCCGAUAGCGUCGAGGGUCUCAUCGGUCGCAUCGAGACUGUCGUCACUGAUAUCGAGCAUCUCGCCGAUGAUAUCGAGCGUGUCGUCAACAGCAUAGAGCAUGUGAUCGAUAGUAUGGUUUCUGAGCGUCGUAACGAAGCGGAUAGUCAAGACCAUGCGGAUGCUAGAGACGAUGCGUAUGGUAACGUAGAUGCAGAUGCUACAGGCGACGCGUAUGGUGAACCAGCCGCUCGCCGUGUUACAGAUCAGCUUCAAGCUUGA